CUCCAUGUCUCAACUCAGACAUCCUCUCUCUUGCUUUCUCUCUCCAUUUCUAUCAAUCUCUAUCUCUACGCGAUCUAUUAACAAGACUCUCACAAUUUCACAAAAGCUAAAAAAAAAAAAUAAAUCUUUAAAAUAUCUCUCUCUUUCAAUUUAGAUUUCUAGGGCUUUUUUUUUGGUUCGGGUUUUUGCUUCUUAGCUGGCGAUAUAUUGGAUGAUUUGAAGCAAAUUCUCGCUCGAUUUUCGUCAAUUUAUCAGUGUGUUGGAGCUCAGAUUCGUAGCUCCAAGCAUGUGAAAUUUUAGCAUUUGCUGUUGGUUGUGAAGCUCACAGGAUUCCAGCUCACAAUCCAGAAUUUUCUGAAGCUUCCCUAUUUUGAAUCCAUUGUUGGAUUAAAGAAUUGAAUUCUAUAUUGGUCUCAAGCUCUAGAGUUGUAGUAUGAUAUUUGGAAAUGAAUUUACUUUAGAAAAACUUGCUAACUAGCGCUCCAGAUCUUAGAAAUCAGAAACAUGCCUUCAUGGUGGGGAAAGUCAUCAUCUAAAGAAGUGAAGAAGAAAUCAAGCAAGGAAAGUUUCAUUGAUACUUUACAUCGAAAAUUUAAGAUUCCAUCUGAAGGUAAACCAAACAGUAGAUCAGGGGUAUCACGAAGACGUUGCACUGACACAAUUUCUGAAAAAGGGUCUCAAUCCCAAGCAGCAUCAAGGUCUCCUUCACCUUCUAAGCAGGUUUCUAGGUGUCAAAGUUUUGCUGAAAGGCCUCUUGCUCAACCGCUUCCACUUCCUGAUCUGCACCCUGCAAUUGUGGGUCGUACAGAUUCUGGAAUUAGCAUAUCAACCAAACCAAGGCCAGAAAAAGGCUCAAAGUCAUCAUUAUUUCUGCCUCUCCCAAGACCUGGAUGCAUACGUCAUAGGCCAAAUCCUAAUGACCUAGAUGGAGAUUUCAAUACUGCUUCAGUUUCCAGUGAGUGCUCUGCUGAAAGUGAUGAUCCCACUGACUCACAUCAUCGUAGUCCCCAAGCAACUGAUUAUGACAAUGGGACUAGAACUGCUGCAAGCGGCCCUUCCAGUAUGAUGCUCAAGGACCAAUCCUCUACAGUCAGCCAAAGUAACUCAAGAGAGGCAAAAAAACAGACUAAUAUUUCCCUUGGUAAUAAUAUCUCACCAAAAUCACCUAAAAGGAGACCUAUAAGCAAUCAUGUGCCAAAUCUACAGGUUCCCCAACAUGGUGCUUUUAGCAGUGCUCCGGACAGCUCCAUGUCAAGUCCUUCUAGAAGUCCAAUGAGUGCUUUUGGCACAGAACAAUUGAUGAACUCUCCUUUCUGGGUAGGAAAGACUUAUACUGAUGUCAGUUUACUUGGAUCUGGCCAUUGCUCCAGUCCUGGUUCAGGUCACAAUUCUGGGCAUAAUUCAAUGGGUGGAGACAUGUCAGGACAGCUAUUUUGGCAACAAAGUAGGGGCAGCCCUGAGUAUUCGCCAAUACCAAGUCCUAGAAUGACCAGUGCUGGUCCUAGUUCCAGAAUUCAUAGUGGUGCUGUCACUCCUAUCCACCCUAGAUCAGCAGGCACAGCCACUGAGUCACAGACUAGCUGGCAUGAUGAUGGAAAACAACAAAGCCACAGGUUGCCCCUUCCUCCUGUAACAAUUCCCAAUUCUUCUCCUUUCUCCCAUUCAAAUUCAGCAGCAACAUCUCCCUCUGUGCCACGAAGUCCAGGAAGGGCAGAGAAUCCUGUAAUCCCUGGCUCACGGUGGAAGAAAGGAAAGCUUCUAGGCAGAGGCACAUUUGGUCAUGUUUAUGUUGGCUUUAACAGUGAAAGUGGUGAAAUGUGUGCAAUGAAGGAGGUUACUUUAUUUUCUGAUGACGCCAAGUCAAAAGAAAGUACUAAGCAGUUGAUGCAGGAAAUUGCUUUAUUGAGCCGCUUAUGGCAUCCGAACAUUGUGCAAUACUAUGGGUCUGAAAAGGUAGAUGACAGACUCUAUAUUUACCUUGAGUAUGUAUCUGGUGGGUCUAUUUAUAAACUUCUCCAGGAGUAUGGACAGCUUGGUGAACUAGCAAUUCGCAGUUAUACUCAACAGAUCUUGUGUGGGCUUGCCUACCUACACUCUAAGUCUACUGUCCAUAGAGAUAUUAAAGGAGCAAACAUACUUGUAGAUCCUAAUGGUCGUGUUAAGUUGGCUGACUUUGGGAUGGCAAAGCAUAUUGCAGGGCAGUCAUGUCCAUUGUCAUUUAAAGGAAGCCCUUACUGGCUGGCACCGGAGGUUAUAAGGAACUCAAGUGGUUACAACCUUGCUGUGGAUAUAUGGAGUCUUGGAUGCACUGUUUUGGAAAUGGCUACAACAAAACCUCCUUGGAGUCAAUAUGAAGGGGUUGCUGCUAUGUUCAAGAUUGGGAAUAGCAAGGAACUUCCACCCAUUCCAGAUUACCUCUCAGAUGAAGGAAAAGAUUUUGUGCGGCAAUGUUUGCAACGCAACCCACUACAUCGUCCUACAGCAGUUCAGCUUUUAGAUCACCCAUUUGUAAAGUGUGCUGCACCUUUGGAAAGACCUAUUCCUGAUCCUGAGCCUUCAGAUCCAACUCCUGGUGUUACAAAUGGGGUGAAAGCUCUGGGCAUUGGGCAAACAAGGAAUUAUUCCUCCUUGGAUUCAGAGCAACUUGCGGUUCAUUCAUCCAGAGUUUCAAAAUUGCAUGCUAGUGAUGUUGGUAUUCCAAGGAAUGUAUCUUGCCCCGUUUCGCCCAUAGGGAGCCCUCUUUUGCAUUCAAGGUCACCACAACAUCUGAAUGGAAGAAUGUCUCCUUCUCCCAUAUCUAGCCCACGGACGACUUCAGGCUCAUCUACACCUUUGACAGGUGGCAAUGGUGCUAUACCUUUUGGUUACCUGAAACAAUCAGCUUACUUGCAAGAGGGUUUUGGAAGCAUGCCAAAGCCCUCAAAUGGUCUUUAUGUCAGUGGCUCCUCUUAUCAUGAUUCUAAUCCUGACAUUUUCCGGGGAUUGCAAUCAGGGUCUCAUAUCUUUUCGGAACUGGUGCCAUCAGAAAAUGAUGUUCUAGGAAUUGGAAGGUCAGUUCAUGGGGAAUCUUAUGAUGGACAGUCUGUAUUGGCUGAUCGAGUGUCGCGACAGCUUCUGAAGGAUCAUGCAACAAUGAGCCCAUCCCUGGAUCUAAGUCCCAGGUCUCCCUCACCAAGCAGAACUGGUGUUAUUAUCUAAAUACAGUCUGAAGACUCACCGAUCAGAGUGAAUCUCAAGGUUUAUCAGGAUGUCUUUUGGGUCUGAUGGGAUGAAUUGAUAUUCAUCUCGUUAACUUCCGAGGAAGCAAAUUGUUUAAUAAGGAACCAGAACAGAUUUGAGGAAUAAGGUUGAAGUGCAGGGAAAUGAGGUGGCUGGUGACUGAUGGAUCAUUUGCCAUGGAUUGGAGUUCAGGCUUAAUGGAUUGUGAUCUUUAAUGAUAAAGCUAUUGACAAAUCGAUUCCAGUUAGAUGUUCAGUAGACCAUUUAUUCAGAUGAAGCUAGUUUCCUGGCCAAUAAGAAUAUUGUCGUCACUAGUAGUUUUGACAUGACGCGGCAUGGAUCUGUACAGAGUUGUGUAAAUCAACUAAUGCUUAACUGAACUGUGGUGAUGAAAAGCUUGUUGCCAGGAGAAGGAUGGCUUCUGAUGAUCUGAUGUAUUAAGUUACUCAAGUAUAGGCAAUCUUCUUGCCUGCAAGAAUUAUAUAUUCUUUAAGAUCAUCAUACAGAGGAACUAAGUUGGCCAAUUAUUUGCGUAGGUUUGACACAGUUGUACAGAUUUUGAAGAACUGAAGAGGGAUUCCAAGAUUGGUUAUGAAGCAGUGACAGGAGUGCUGAGCAUGUGCCUGACUUCAGUGGCGAUGGUACAUGCCACAGCUCAAUUGUAAUUGUUAUGUACUGCUCUACCUGAUUUAUUGUAUGUACAUUACUACUUCAGUAAAUUGAAGAAAUCUAAUUCCAUGGUCCUGCAUCUUCCA